CAUUAUAUUGCAUGCGGGCAGAAGCAGAAUUGAAGUAUCCAGAGAAUUCUUUAGAAGAAAGAGGCCGCAAGGAUGACAAGAAGUGGAAGCCGGUUGUACUUAUUAGUGUUGUUGGUAUUGGUGGCGCUGCAAGUGGAAGUGGAAGGAGCGAAUGCUUUGGCGGGGAAGUGCAGUACGGUGGUGCAGCAGGUGAUACCGUGCCUGAACUUCGCGACGGGGCAGGCUCAGGUACCGUCGAAGGAGUGCUGUGACGCUUCGUCGAAGAUCAAGGACACCGCACCGGAGUGCCUCUGCUACGUGAUCCAGCAAACCCACAAGGGCAGCCCUGAGGUGAAGAGUAUGGGUAUUCAAGAGGCUAGGCUCAUCCAGCUCCCUUCUGCUUGCAAAUUGAAGAAUGCUAGCAUCUCCAACUGUCCCAAGCUUCUAGGUCUAUCUCCAGGCUCAGCAGAUGCACAAAUCUUCACUAACAUCUCUUCAUCGAGUAAUAGUAGUACGGCUUCAUCCUCAACCUCGUCCUCAUCCUCAUCAGCAACACCCACCUCGCAGAACGAUUCCCAUGGAACCAUGCUUAGACCUCCUCUCAUGAGAGACAUAACAGCGCUCAUGGCCUUGCCCAUGCUUCUCCUUGUGCUUCCCACUGCAACUGUCACUCUUUACUCGUAAAACAUUCCAGGGGAGAGGCGUAGUAGUGGUCUAUUGUUGUUUUUAUUUACUUUGCAAUCAUGUUUAAAUUUGUUGGAGUGAUUUAAUUAGCAAAUCUGUAAACUUGGUUAUAAUUAUGUUAUCAUGGAAUUGCUUGUAGGCAUGGUUGUAUCCAUUUUUACAUUGAACUUUCCCUUUAUUAUUAUAUGGAUGGACUUGUUUUCUUUC